AUGAAGCUCCAAGCUCUUCUUCUCCUAGUAUUUGGCCUGAGUGCUUCUGUCACGGCCAUUCCAGGGGAUCCAGCCAGUGAAGUGAAUGUCCAACCACAAUACCACAGACCCACGACAACAACCAAGGGCAAACCCACCACCAAGACAACUAGUACCAAAACCAAAACCACCACCAAGAUCACCGAGCCAACAGAACGACCCUGUGCCGGCAACACCCCCCGAACACGGUCCAAAUGGUGCCAAUACGACGUCAACACCGACUACACCCAGAUAGUACCAAACACAGGCGUAACACGGGAAUACUGGCUCAACCUCGAAGAGCUAAUGGCCGCACCAGAUGGGUUCCGCCGGCCCGUAAUGGCCGUGAACGGUACAAUCCCCGGCCCAACGAUCUUCGCCGACUGGGGUGACUGGGUCGUGAUCCACGUCAAGAACAGCCUACACAAGUCCCAGAACGGGACUAGCAUCCACUGGCAUGGGAUCAGACAGAACUACACCAACGGCAACGACGGCGUGGUCUCCAUCACGCAAUGUCCCACCGCGCCGGGCUCAACCAUAACCUAUAAAUGGCGCGCCGUGCAGUACGGUUCAUCGUGGUACCAUUCCCAUAUUGGCCUACAGGCCUGGGAGGGUGUGUUUGGCGGGAUUGUGAUCAAUGGCCCUGCUACAGCCAACUACGAUGUCGAUAAAGGCAGUCUGUUCCUGACGGACUGGUCGCAUCCCACUGUCGAUGAACUGUACUUGGAGGCUCAGACGGUUGGUCCGCCGACUUUGGAUACUGGCUUGAUCAACGGGACGAACGUCUUUGGUAAUGGUACCAAUUCUACGGGUCAGCGGUUUCAUAUGAAGGUUAAUCAAGGUUCUUCGUACCGGCUGCGGAUUGUUAAUUCGGCUGUUGAUACGCACUGGAAGUUUAUGAUUGAUAACCAUACACUUACCAUUAUUGCAGCGGACUUUGUGCCAAUCAAGCCUUUCACGGCGGAUCAUAUCGAUAUUGGAAUGGGCCAACGCUACGACGUAAUCGUAACAGCAAACAAACGUCAAAUCUCCGACUCAUUCUGGAUCCGCGCAAUUCCCCAAGAAGCUUGCUCGGAAAACGCAAACCCAAAUAAUAUAAAAGGAAUCCUCUACUACGGCAAUCGUCCCCGCACACCCACGACAAGACCCUACGCCUUCACGGAUGAAUGUGUCGACGAGCCCGCCUCCAGUCUAGUCCCGCAAGUUCCCAAGACCGUCUCAACGGCAGAUUGGAACAACCUAACGGAUGUGACACUCGGGCGCAACAACGCGAACCUCUUCCGCUGGUACCUCAACAGCACGACGAUGCAAGUCCUCUGGGAAGAUCCUACCUUACUCCAACUCUUCAACAGCGAAAACACGCCCAACUUCACUGCAUCUAGUGGAGUGAUUGAGCUGCCACGGGCGCACGAAUGGGUCUACCUCAUGAUCAACACUAGUUUCCCGGUGACGCAUCCGAUUCAUUUGCACGGACACGAUUUCUUUGUUCUGGCGCAGGGUUUGAAUCCGUGGGAUGGGAGUGUUGCGACUAAUAAUCCGCCGCGGAGGGAUACGGCGAUGUUGGCUGGGAAUGGGUUUUUGCUUAUUGCAUUUGAGACGGAUAAUCCCGGGGCAUGGCUUAUGCAUUGCCAUAUUGGGUGGCAUACGGAUGAAGGGUUUGCGUUGCAGUUUUUGGAGAGGGAGAGGGAGAUUGAGCCGUUGAUCGAUCGGAAAGCUCUUGAUGAUAAUUGUGCUUCUUGGAAUGCUUAUGAUGCGGCUUUUGAUAUUGAGCAGGAGGAUUCAGGGGUUUAG